UCAGCAGAGGGAUCCGAGCCCGAUCCCUUUCUCCCUAACCCUAAGGCCCUGUUUAGAUUAGCGUUUCCGCUCGUUUUCUGGCCUAAACUUGUGACGAGGCGGCGGCGGCGGCGCGACCGCGCAAGGGCAGUGGCGAGGAGGAGGCGGCGCGACCGCGCGAGAACUUGCGGCGGCGGAGGUGCGAGGGCAGCCGGCCUCAACCAGCUUCCGCACGCCUCACCAAACAUCCCCUCUACCCGCCCGUCAGUUCUCGGCGUCUUCCCCACACGUCGACCCAAGUCACGAGAUCUGUUUCUCCACCACCAAUGGCGGCACACGCUCCAGCGCCUGCCCCUGCGGGACCAACACCGGGACAAUUGUUAGGAGCUGUCGUUAAUCCACCUGUUGCUCUUGGUCUUCUUGUCGCUAAUAAAAUCUGGGAUCCGCUUGCCGAUUACAUUGGAUACCCCUGUGACCGCGAGCGUCGCAUCGAUGACCACAAACAAGCAGUGCUGAGGGUGAUAGCGAUGAAGGAUGAUUUUCUUCUUAUAGGGCCAUGUCCCCCAUCUCUUCAGUCAAGGCACUGGAUCAAAUGUGUUGAACAAUUGGAGAAGACAUUUUCAGAAAUCCAGGAAAAGUAUCUCAGGGGCGGUUACUUCAACACAUGCUCGUGUGCUAGAGAAGCCAUCAAAGAAACGAAGCGGGCUGAAGAACUUGCAGGUCAGUACAAAGACCUCUGCAUAGACAUAAAAGCUAGACUACUCCCUGUCAAUGUGUCACAGUGGGAAGAUUUGUCCCUUGUUACUAAUUCAUACAAGGAUUUGGUGAUUAAGUUCAUCAAUGACACAAGUGGAAAGGCCAGGUUGCUGGGCAUCUGGGGUAUGGCGGGUAUUGGAAAGUCUACUUUGUUGAGACAGGUUUCAAAGUCCCGCUCUGAGUUCAUUUCUGACGGGGAUGAUUUGAUUGUGUUAAUUGUUGACACUGGUUCAGACUACUCAGUUGCUAAGGUGCAGAAGUGUCUGAUUGGACUUCUAGGAGUAACAGUAGCAGCUGAUGUUACUGAAGCUGGUGUUGCGCUGGCUAUUUCUAACCGUCUCAGGGGGAUGCGCUUUCUGGUCAUGUUUGAUGAUCUUUCUGGUCCUAUCAACCUUGCUCGAAUUGGCAUACCAGAUGCCCCUCCAGCUAGUCUUAAAUGCCAGAAAGUUGUGUUCACUACACAAAAACAAGCAGUCUGUGCGUCAAUGGGUGCUGAUGAAACCAUACACAUGGUUUGUCCAAGCGAGAUAGAGGCAGAAAAACUGUUCAAUCAUGCCGUGGGAGCAGACAUUCUGAAAGAUAAAAGGAUAUCUUCCCUUUCUCAAGAUGCGCAGGAUGAGACUCAAGAUGCGCAGCAACUACUCCAUGUCCUUCAAAUGGUUGCAAUAAGAGGUUUAUCAAAACUCAGAGAAGUUAAUCUCAAAACCGUGGGUGUGAGCAUCACAUCAAUCAGUAUAUCUGUCUGUCCUGCACUAAUUGAUUUGUCAUGGAUCAAGGAUCUCAUCAACCUUGAGCAACUUUCCGUCACUCAGUGCAGGAUGUUAAACAAAAUACUGUCUCUGGAUGUAGUACAGCAAGACACAAUCAGUAUGCCAAAACUCAAGACUGUUCACCUAGAGGGAUUGGAGGAGCUUACAGUCAUAGCUGAUUUAACCCUUAAAUUGGAUAAUAUUGUGCAUUUUUCAGUGUUCUUGUGCAGCAAGUUAGUUGGCUUACCUGUGGUGGGCGAGCGCAAACCAAAAGUUAUACUGGACUGCGAUAUAAGUUUCUCUGAUAAAAUUUUGCAAGAUGGCAACGAGUCUCCUUACAGCAUAAGAGUGGCUUGAUUAAUCUCAAUCUUCUGUCAGAAGUUUGAGGUUGCUUUGUUUCAGUAGCUGCCGAGUAGAAUGUGAGCAUGUGCCUUUUCUGGAGUUUGAGCUGGAGGAAUUUGGCGGAGGGAUGUUUUGUUUUGUUUUUACUGCGGUUCAAAGUGAAUGAAGAUGACAGAAUAUGUAUGAUAUGACAGAUGCGCUAGAGUGGUUUGUCUCUUAGACAUGAAAUGUUUUCCCCUGGUCAGGGUGAACAAAGUUGGCAAAUGGUCAGGCGUUGAAACCUGAUGUUUUUUUUUUGUUUACUUGCGUUUUGAGAUGAAAACUUGAUGGUUUGUAUGACCAGCCACUUGUACUUGGGUAGUGCCCAAUUACCUGCAUGAAAAAUGGUAGUACCGGAACUCCCCAACCUUUGGCAAUGAAAGAUUGCGGGCUA